GUGGCUGAGCUGAGAAACUGCUCCCAGCCCAGAGCGACCGGCUCAGCAUGGUGCUGCCUCUGCUCCUGCCUCUGCUGGCCUCACUCCAGACUCUCCCCUGGCUGGUGUCCCCGGCAGGUCUGCCGGCCCCCACACUAUCUCUGGAACAUCAGCUCACAGUGCUUCUGCCCGGGCAGACAGCUACACUGACGUGCCAACCUCCUGGGCAUGUGCAGCCUUCGGGAUACAGAUUCUUCUGCCAGAGAGGGCAGCAGGGCCCCAGCGCAGUCCCACGUGAUAAGGAAGGAGACAUGCUGGUUCUCACAGCUGAGAAGGGAAGUGCCGGGACCUACACCUGUGCGUACUGGACAGAGGGACCCAAUGGACCAGUCUCUAAGAACAGCAACUCCGUCUCCAUCUCCAUAGCAGCCCCCCAGCUCACCGUGUCCCCACUGCAGCCUGUCUACAUCACUGGGGAAGCCGUGACCCUGACGUGCUCAGCUGCUGGUGUGGACAUACCGACCAGGUUCCAAUUCUACAGGGAUGAAAAGGAAAUCCCGCCCAAGGAAUCCAUGUUAAAUGCAUAUCGUCGUGUGGCCUCCAUCCAGCUGUCGAGUGUGGCCAUGUCGGACGUGGGAGUGUACAGCUGUGAAUACUGGCGCAGGAGGGAUGACAAGAAUGGACCAGACAUCGUAUCAGAGAGGAGCCAAAACAUCCCCAUUGCAGUAACAGGUGAGCCCCCCAGCCUGCUGCUGUUUGCUGUCCCCAGGAAGGGGAACAUGGGCCCAGGGUAG